AUGCCCAUUGCGGCACCGGAACACCCACCUUCAGUAAAAGAGUUAUCUACAACACGUUGGUCUGCACGAGAAGAUGCAUGUAGAAGCUUAAAUAAUAAUUGGGAUAGAGUAAUCAGUGCUCUCAAAGAAAUUAAAAACAAUGAUAAACAAAAGGCACAAACGCGAUGUGAAGCAAAAGGUAUUUUAAAAAGUUUAGCUUGCUUUGAAAACAAUUUCAUGUCAAUAUUUUGGGGAGAUCUUGGACGUUUUAAUGCUGUAAGUAAAAAGUUACAGUCAAUCGAUAUUGACUUGUAUUUAGUGGUUGAAUUGUACGAAUCGCUCAUUCAAUACAUUUCUAAUCUUCGUAAUGAAAAAAUGUUUAAAAUGUAUGAAGAUCGAGUUUCUAAAUUACAUGGAGGUGACACAGAAUAUAAAUUAGAUGUGCAAAGAAAGAGGAAAAGAAAAAUUUUCUACGAUGAACCACAAGAUGAACUUAAUUUUUAUGACUUAGAUAAAAGCUUUUGUAAUGAAUGUGUACAUUUCCAAAGUCAUAUUAAGUCUCUUAAAGAUAAAGCACCAAAAAAUAUCCGGGACCUAAGUACACUGAUACGAUCCAAAAAUUUACAAACAAUUUAUCCUUAUGUGGACAUUGCACUUAGAAUGUUUCUGUGUACACCAGCAACGAAUUGUUCUUCAGAAAGAUGUUUUUUAACUCUGAGAAGAUUAAAAACAUAUCUUAGAUCGGUCAUGAAUAAUGAUCGCUUAAAUGCUUUAGCUGUACUAAAUAUUGAAAGUGAACUAACUUCUAGCGUCAAUUAUGAUAACAUAAUUAAAGAAUAUGCCGAGUCACAAUCCAGAAAAAAAAUUUAA